AUGGCUUUUUUAAAUAUUGUCAGUAUUCCAAAAUAUAUAGAUGAAAUUCGGACGUCUAAAUUAAUGAAUUCAUUCGAUAUUUUAGGUUUUAGUGAGACCAGGCUCGAUGACACUUAUACAGACGAUGAAUUAAAAAUUCAUGGAUAUGAUAUCUUCAGGAAAGACAGAAAUCGCGAUGGUGGCGGUGUGUGUGUAUAUAUCCGCAGCUCCAUCAAUUGUGUUAAUAGAAAAGAAAUUGUUCCUGAAGAUGUCGAAGCUGUCUGUUUGGAAAUUCGUAAACCAAACAGUCGGCCUUUCAUUGUUAGUGUUGUCUCUCGUCCUGAGUCUCCGAUCGAAUAUUUUAAUCGCUUCGAAGAGUUAAUAAAGGCAGUAGACGAUGAAGACAAAGAGCACGUGAUUCUUGGGGAUUUAAAUUGUUGUUUACUUAAGAAGAAAGUCUUUGAUAAUAAAACAAAAAAGUUAAAAUCAAUUUAUGAAGCAUAUCAACUAUCCCAGUUGAUAAACGAGCCUACGCGUAUAACAAUUGAUUCUAAAAGCCUAAUUGAUCACUUUGUCACAUCGUCUCCUGACAAAAUAAACUCAUCAGGCGUAAUUCACAUUGGUCCGAGUGAUCAUAGUUUGAUCUAUGGAAUAAGAAAGAUAAACCCUUAUAGGUGUGCGCGAGAUAAAGCAAAAACCAUUGAAAUACGUAAUUUUAAACAUUUCGAUCAACAAAAGUUUGUAAAGGACCUCCUUACUCAGUCGUGGGAACAGAUUGUUUUGUGUCAUGACACUAAUGAGAUGUGGGCACAUUGGAAAGACCUGUUUCUAAACGUGUUAGACAGGCAUGCCCCUGUACAAUCUAAAAGAAAAAAAGCAUUUAAUGUCCCAUGGCUGACCAGAGAGAUCAAAGAUUUAAUUAAUAACAGAGAUAAGUUAAAGCGUAAAGCAAUGGUGAGUAAAUUACGUAAUGACUGGGAUGAUUUUAAGGCAUCCCGAAAUAAAGUAAACAUUGCCUUGCGCCUAGCCAAAUCCAACUAUUAUCGUAAUAAGAUUGCAAAUCAAAAGAAUAAUCCCAAAGAGGCUUGGAAAACGAUAAAUAGUCUACUUGGUCGCACCAAAGAAAAUACAACUGUAAAUGAACUUAAAUUUGACGACCAAAGCCUUUUUUCACAAGAACAUAUUGCCGAAGCAUUUAAUGAUUAUUUUUCUAAUGUUGGUCCAAAAUUGGCAAGUUCAAUGGCAAACCCUAGUAAAUCAUUUGAGCAUUUUAUUAAGCCAUGUAGUGCUCAAAUGUCACGUUUUAAGUUAGUAUCCAAUACAAAAGUACUAAAGCUUUUGGGUUGCCUUUCUAAUGCCAAAGCGACUGGUAUUGACAAAAUCUCUGGAAAAAUACUCAAGUGUGCAGCCCAUGCCAUUUCUCCAUCUCUCACUUACAUUUUUAACAACUCUAUAAUUUCCAACUGUUUUCCAGAUGAGUGGAAAAUGGCUAGGGUUUUGCCCUAGCUCUAAGACUAUUCCCGACAACUAUAGACCAAUAAGUAUAUUACCAGUGAUUAGCAAACUAAUGGAAAAAAUAAUGUAUGAACAGUUAUACGAUCAUUUUACAGCAAACCAAAUUUUAUCCGAACAACAAUUUGGCUUUCGAAGACUACACUCUACUGUUUCUGCUCUCCUUGAUAGCACUAAUAGCUGGUAUAUUAACAUGGACAGACAAAAGUUUAAUUUAGUUGUAUUUUUGGAUCUAAAAAAAGGCAUUUGAUACCGUUAAUCAUGACAUUUUGCUUCGAAAACUAGAAUUGAAUGGUAUCACUGGAAAUGCCCUUUUAUUAAUUCAAUCUUACUUGUCCAACCGUAAACAGAAAUGCCAGCUAAACAGUACAGUGUCCUCUGAAAGUAAGAUCACAUGUGGCAUUCCUCAGGGUUCAAUUCUUGGCCCACUUUUCUUCCUCUUAUAUAUUAAUGAUCUACCAGAGUGUCUAUUGCACACUACUCCUAGAUUAUUUGCUGACGAUACAAACUUGACAGCGUCUGGUAGUACUGUAGGGGAAGUUGAGUUGGCCAUGAAUUCGGACCUUGAGCAAGUGAAAGAAUGGCUCUUGGCUAAUAAAUUAAGUCUCAAUGUAGCAAAAACAGAAUUCUUAUUAAUAGGAUCCCACCACAGGCUAAGAACCCUUCCUUGCAAACCUUCUAUUUCUAUUGAUAACAAGGAACUAAAACAAGUUCAGCAAAGUAGGGUUCUUGGUGUGGAAAUUGACGAACACCUAAAUUGGGAUCAGCACAUUGAUUCUCUUGCUAAAAAAGUCAGUUCUGGUAUAGGAGCCAUGAAACGAAUUUCUGAAUUUGCUAAUCAAAAUACAUUAGUCUCUAUUUAUAAUGCAAUCAUCCAACCACACCUUAACUACUGUAGCGAGGUGUGGGAUACUCUUGGGCAAUGUAACACAAUCCGUCUUCAAAAAUUGCAAAAUAGGGCGGCAAGGGUGAUCACAAACAGGUCAAAUGACACCCCUGCCACAGAGGCUCUAGCUGAAUUGGGCUGGCAAAAUUUAGAGACCCAGCGAGCAAAGACAAAAGCCAAACAAAUGUUUAAAGUUUUGCAUGAUAUGGCUCCAAACUGUCUCACGGACCUUUUCAGCUUAAAGAAAAAUAUUACAAAUUACAAUCUCAGAGGCUCCUCCACCUCGCUACAGCUGCCACUCCCAAAAACUGAAUUUAUGAAAAAAAGUUUCAGCUAUGAUGGAGCUAAAUUAUGGAAUUCCCUCCCAGAGGCUAGUCGAGAUUGUACAAGUUUAUCAUCAUUUGUCAGAAAAUUAGAGGCUCACACUUUUAUCUAAACAAAUAAUUAGUUUAGCGUAUUUAUAGUAUUAUAUACCCACAUAGAUCAAGUUUUUUUUUUCUUUCGUUAUUUAUUUAAAUACUUUUACUUAUAGUUAUAUUUCUAAUUAUUAUAGAUAUAUAUAUAUAUUUUUUUUCCACACGCCCCUUGUGGAAAUCAGCUGUUGUUGACGGGGCAAGCGUGUCUUAAAUAAAUAAAGUCUAUGACAUGCAUUAGUCAUUUAACAUACUCGACCUUUGAUCAAACCUUUGUUUAGCUAUGCUGGGACUGUUUGGCAAACAGCAUCAACUAAGGAUUGUUUGUCAAGAUUUCUAACUCUACAAAAAAGAGCUGCACGUCUAAUACUCAACGCUGAACCCAGAGCACCUUCAGUACCGUUGUUUAAUAGACUUCAAUGGCUGCCUUUCUAUCUGGACAAUCACAUCUCAAUGUGUUCUAUUCUCUUUAAAAGGCUACAACUGAUGGUGCCCGAAUAUCUAAUUGAAACUCUUAAGCUGAACAAUACACUUCAUAAUAGAAAUACUCGUUUCUCAGGACUGAAUUUUAUAACUCCAAAGUAUACUAGAAAAA